AUGUCUUCUCCGUUGGCGAUUUCGGCCAGCCAAUUUAUGAGCACUACCGGUGCCAUCUUGGUCCUUUACUAUGUCGUCUCCGCCAUCUACAACAUCUAUUUCCACCCGUUGUCCAAGUACCCAGGACCUAAGAUGACAGCAAUUUCACGCUUGCCCCUCAUCUACUCUACAAUAACGGGGAACACAUGGCGAUUCACUGGCAAACUACAUGCGCAAUACGGGACGAUUAUUCGCAUCGCUCCAGACGAGAUCGCCACUACAUCUUCUGGCGCGUGGAAGGACAUAUACACGUCGAAGCCACUUUUGCCAAAGGAUCCAUUUAGCCAGACACCACCCAUGAACGGAGCUGAAUCCCUCUUCACCGCUGCAGGGGAAACGCACCAACGGAUUCGAAAAACCUUUAUUAACGCCUUUUCUGACAGAGCAUUGAAGGACCAAACCCCAAUCAUCGACUCUUAUGCCAAUCUUUUGAUGACAAGACUUCACAGGGAGAUUGGCAAAAGCCCCGAAGGCAAAGUUGACAUGGCAAAGUUUUACGGAUACGUGACUCUGGACAUCAUCGCAGAUCUUACGUUUGGAGAAUCCUUCUAUGGUUUAGAGGGCGACAAUGAGCACUCCUGGAUACUGGGCUUCUUCCUCGGCGCAAAGUUUGGCUCGGUGAGAAACAGCCUGAGCCGCUUCCAUCCCAUCGACAAGAUUUUCGGAUGGAUAUUCCUUCGGUUGACGGCGAAGAACAGGGCGCGCAGCUGGCAAGUCGCAACGGACAAGAUCUCGCGUCGAUUGGAUAUGGGGGAUUUGGGCCCGUCGAGAUCGGAUUUCAUCACGCCUGUUGUUGGGAGGCUGGACGAGACGCAGCAGAAGGGUAUUACAAGGAAAGAGCUGAACACAAACGCACUUGCCGUCGUCAUUGCUGGGUGCCAAUUGACUACUGUGGCAUUGGCCACCUCCACUUAUCUUCUGAUGCGCUACCCUGAGACUUUGAAGCAACUUACCAAAGAGGUCCGGGAGAGCUUUGAGUCAGAGGCCGGCAUCACAGUCCCUUCCACUAUGAAUCUACCAUAUCUCACGGCUGUUAUCAAUGAAACCCUGCGCAUCCAUCAUCCUACGCCUAUCAACCUUCCGAGAGUUAUCCCUCCAGAAGGCCAAACGAUUGAUGGCCAUUGGAUUCCGGGAGGGAAUAUCAUCGGCGUAAAUUUGCAAAACAUCCAGAACGAUCCCAACAACUGGGUAGAGCCUCGCGUUUUCCAUCCUGAAAGAUUCCUGCCCGAAACCGAUUCGAGAUACCAAAAACGUUUCGAUAAGGAUGAUAAACAGGCUUUCCAGCCGUUUUCGGUGGGUGGGCGGAAUUGUAUGGGUGGGAAGGUCUUCCUCGCAGAGGCACGAAUGAUUCUCUCAAAGAUGGUCUGGAACUUUGAUCUUGAGAUGGCUGAUCCUAGUGAUGGGAACUGGAUGAAUCAGAAGGCUUACCUCGUCUUUGAACCCAAGGCGUUGAUGGUCAAGCUGAAGGCGAAGGCUUUAGUGUAG